UAUUGCCAUGUAGCAGACAACUUUCCGGAAGCGAAGUUAACUGUGAACAUUUCAUGACAAGCAGCAUGACUGUCGACGCAGGAAAGGGGUUCACCCUUCCAUCCGGCCCUUCGUCCUUAUGUUUCGACAAAGAGGAGUUUAUGAAGACCGAGUUCCAUGUGGACCAGUUUGUCAUCGAAUGUCGGCGACACGUUCAGCUGGAGACACUGCGAGAUGAUCUCAACAUAUACCUAAAAAUUCUUAAGAGUGCCAUGAUCGAACUCAUCAACAAGGACUAUGCUGACUUCGUCAACCUCUCAACUAACCUGGUGGGGAUGGACAAAGCCAUCAACAAUCUGACCGUCCCUCUUGGUCAACUGAAGGAAGAGGUCUUGAGUGUCAGAUCGGCAAUGGAUGAAGCAAUAGCAGCUGUUGAAAACAAACUUCGGAAGCAACAGGAAGUGCAGAAAAAGAAGGCUUGCUUGCAGCGUUUGAUGAACAUAACACAGUCGGUGGAGAAGAUUGAACGUCUUCUUGGCAUCCAAGGAUCAGAGUCGGGAGAAGACUCCCAGCAUCCUGGCCAGCUGAGUGGUCAGCUGAUUGAGAGAGUGGCCACGGAGUUCAAUAAGCUGCAGUUCUACGUCACAAAGAGCAGGGGGCUGCCGCUGGUGGAGAGGAUCCGACCUAGGAUAGCAAACAUCACCACCACAUUGCAGUACAGCCUUGAAGGGUCCUUCCUGGAUGGGCUGGAGUCAGGGAACACAGACAUCCUCCGUCAGUGUUUGAGGACAUACGCUCUCAUCGACAAGACUAGGGAUGCUGAGAAUCUGUUUAAACUGCAUAUUGUGAAGCCUUACAUGGAGGAGUUCAUCAAUGAGCAGUACAUCCGCUCCAGUAGCCAGGGGCUUCAAGGGCUGUAUGGCAAGGUGCUUGAGUUCAUCCCCAAGAAGUGUAAGAUACUCAAGGACGUUACCAGUGGAGGGUCGGGAACUACGGAGAUCGUGCGGGGCUAUGACUUCCUGGUCAACUCGGUGUGGCCAGAGAUUGUCAGCAACCUGGAGGCCAGGGUUCCAUCUAUAUUUGCCCCGGGCAACCCCAACGUAUUCCACGAGAAAUACUUGAUAAGCAUGGAUUUCCUGGGAAAGUUUGAGCGGAUGUGUGGCUCUCAAGCCAGCGUGAAGCGUCUGAGGGAACACGCCAGCUACCACACCUACAUGUCCAAGUGGAGCCUCCCAGUCUACUUCCAGAUCAGGUUCCAAGAAAUAGCUGGAUCUUUGGAGACUGCUCUCAUGACUGGAUUUAACAAUUCCCCAGAAAAUCCUCAUGGCUUCCACUUGCUGUCGACGUCUUCCCUGUGGGACUCCCUCCAGAUAUGCUGGCGGGACGGUGUCUACCUGUCCUCACUGUCUCACAGGUUCCUCAAACUCAACCUGCAGAUGCUGUCUCGCUACACCGCCUGGCUGGAGGAGGUGCUUGAAGAGGAGAAUGCAAGAAGAAAAGAGUCACAGCAGGAGAAGCCAACAAAACUGAGGACUGUGUCCUCCACGGGGAACCUGGAGAGGCUGAACGGAGCGGGGGACAUGCACAGGUCCUCCUCCCCACAACCCCCGGAGAGAUCCCCAUCCCCUGCAACCCCUCCCAUCACCAUCGGACAGAUCGUCUGUCUGCUGGCGGAUGCUGAGCGGCUAGCUGACACGCUCCCAGACCUCUUCCUCAACACUGUGAAGCCUAAAUUAGAAGCAGAUGGAUUUCCGAACCCUGACAGCUUGAAAGACACUUUUGUUGAAUGUGGGUCAUCUGUGUUGGAGAGGCUGCCCAAGUUCCAAGUGUUCGUGUCAGGAGACUUGAUUGGUCAGUGCUGUGUCUAUCUCAAGCAAGUCAGCGACAUCCCCCGCUUGUAUAGAAGGACCAACAGAGAUGUUCCCAGCAAACCAUCGACGUACAUCAUCAGUUUGGGGAAACCGCUGAAACUGUUCCUGGAUGAGCAUGCAGAGGCCUUGGGAGGUAAACUGCGAACAGGCUUCCUCAAGACAGUCUUCAGCAGUCUAGCAGAACAAUAUUUUGGAGUCACCUCGGAGGUGUUGUCGUCGGUCAAGAAGAUGGAGGACAGUCUGAAGCGCCUGAAGAAGGCUCGGGGAACAGAAAAGACUGGAGGGGGGCAGGGGAUCUCAGAUGAUGACAAGAUCAGGCAGCAGCUCAUCAUUGACAUUGCCAACUUUGGGGAACAGGUUGAAGCGUUUGGUGUUUCGCCAGGCUCAGUGGAGGGGUAUGACAAACUGCAGGAGUUGUCACAGGAGGCCAAGGCUGCCAUGACAUCACCCUAGACUGGUGGUGGACGCAGUGAUGUCCCAAUAAUAUAAGAGUAACGCUAUUUUUCAGGGCAUUAUCGUUUGCAGAAGCCCGAGGUCUUCCAUUAACUGCCCGAUGAAGGAGUAAAGUUGAAAAGACUGAGGGCUUCUGCAAAUGAUACUGCCCUGAAAAUAGUGUUACCGUUACUGUAGCUAAAAUGGAUAGAAUUUGUUAUCAAAUAUAAAAAUACCACAAUAUCGGUUUUGAAGCAUUUACUGCAAUCAACACGAAUUUCCCUUACCCGCUUUUACAAAUAUGAAAAUGUCAUUGAACAAACCAGAUGACGUCAUUAUUGAAUGUGACGUCAAAUUUCCCUAUCCCAUUGACGUAACCUAACAACGAGCGUGAUAAUGGCUGGUCGUCAAGCAAUAUGAGGGCAUUAUCAAGUUACAGUGGCCCCCUCAUUUCUGAUAACAUGCAGGCGGUUUGAUGAUAAUCCUAUCCAUUUUAGCUAUAAUACAGUAACACUGUAUGACAGUGUUGCUUGGGAUGGACGUACCUUAGGAUGUACACAAACGCCUGAAAUUUGAAAAGUUGAAUUUUUUCAUACUUUUCACUGCAUUUGUAUCCAUUUUCUUGAAUGAAUAUCUUUUCAUGGGACUCAAGUGCUUGAAUGUGCUCUAAGACAGAUGGAGGAUUUGUGACAGUACUUUAAAAAGGACUACAUUUAUAUCCCGAUGAAGUAGUCACUUAUCCCUGUCUGCAACAUGGACUGUGGGAUGUCAGUGGACUUGGGAAUAUCCAUCGCUGUUUCCAUGCACUGAUUUAUACUAAACACUUUGGUUUGUCAGAAAGGCUGUUGUUAGAAACUUGUCUUGUGGGGCAUUUAGAAGUACUUGUAUUUUGUUCUUGAUCCAUUUAUGAAACCAGUGUUAGGUCAGAUACACCAGUACAAUGAAAUCUGUAUUCAACAACCUGUGUUGGGAAUAUUUUGUGCAUUUUGUUUUAUUAUUUAAUAUUCUCCAAUUUACUAUGCAAAAUGUGUAGGGACACCUCUAUUCGUAGAUAUGUAAAUUUCAACACUUCGCAAUUGUCUGUAGAAAAGAUAUGUAAAUUUCGACACAUUGCAACUAUCUGUGGAAAAGAUAUGUAGAUUUUGACACUUUGCAACUAUCUGUGUAAAGAUAUGUAAAUUUCGACACUUUGCAACUAUCUGUAGAAAAGAUGUGUAAAUUUCGACACUUUGCAACUCUCUGUAGAAAAGAUGUGUAAAUUUCGACACUUUGCAACUCUCUGUAGAAAAGAUGUGUAAAUUUCGACACUUUGCAACUAUCUGUGGAAAAUUGACAUAAAAGAAGAAAAUAUUGCAAAAAUAAUUACUCAUGCAUGUUCUUACAGAACAGCAGAGAUGUCAAUUCCCUGACAAUUCCUUUUAAAAUACUAACAUUUUCAGUUCAAAUAUAAAGAUAUAUAAAUAUAACAUGAUUAGCUCUUGUAGCUCCUACAGAGGUACUCUACCAGCCAGCACUCGUCAGUAGAACAUAUAGCCUUUCCAAGUCUACCUAAAAAUCAGUUACAACUGAAUAGGUGCUUUCUAAAGAAUAUUUGUUUCAAGGAGCUGGAACAUUACUUGUGCCUCUCAUAUCUGUAAUGGUUUGUUUUGUGCGUGAUGUUGGUGCAAUAGCCUACACUGGAAGCUUGUCUCUCUGGAUGUACCAGUGUUUACUCCUCAGAUCAAGUAGAUAGCCAGACACUGCAUGGAAGACUUGUGGAGUCUCAUUAACAGAGUGAAACUCUAUAGUAUUAAACAUACAUUAAAUAUAUCAUGUGUAUAGGAUGCUAGUGGUAAAAUGUCAUGGAAUAGUCACGACAUGCAGAUAAUACUGUGGACCACUUAUUGCUUAGGCCAAAAAAAAUAGGCUUGGUUCUCAGGCACCGCCCGCAUCCUCAUAAAGACUGA